AGAAGAAAGAAGCAGUCAUGGCGUUCGCUGUAAUCGAAAAAAACACCAGACAAUGCUAUGAAAUUGAAAGGGUCCUCACACGGGGUUUGUGGAGAGCGAGAACGUCGUUCUAUUGAAAACUGUGAAAGAAAUCUCGGAAGAAUUGCAGCAUUAAAAAGCCACUAAAAACUCCUUCGUCCUCUGGCUGCUCAGACGUGGCACUAAUUAAGCUAACAGCACGAACAACAACACGCUCUGCUCCCGCCAAAGGUGCAAAGUGACCCAUGUAUGCGGCCCUGUAUGGAACCGGGUUGAGGUUCCUGGCUUCCUUCAAGACUAAACCAUCAGGACCUCAUGACAUGAUAUACGGUGAAAAUGUUUGGACAACUUCCUGCGGAGAACAUGGAGAACAUGGAGCUGUGAGCGUCGUCUGUCCAUGAAACUGUCUCAUAAAGCAUCAACUAACAGGAAGUCCUUCAGCUCUGGUGUGAUGGAGAGUUACCAACAGUCACGCAUUCACAUGUUUCAGUAUCUGGAACAUGUCCUUGGGUUAAACUUCAGGUUAAGUUUUCAGCAACUGACGAGAUUAAAUCAAAGCUUUAGAGAGAAAUUCACGUGAAGUUUGAAAAUUCCACUGGUCCACUGUUAUUAAGUCUUGAUUUUGUGUGAGUGUGCUGUGUGAUGUGGGCGGAGCAGCAGAGAACACACUGACCCCAGUGGAAGUGGAGUGUGUGACCAGAGUCAGAGCUCUGCAGGCAGCGCAGCAUGAGGGAGCUGAACAGAGACAGGGAGGGAGGGGCUGGCACAGCUGGAAGUAAGAAAGAGAAGGACCAGAGCUGGAUUCCCAAGAUCAUUAAGAGACGAGUGUGCACCACGUUUGUCGAGGAUUCUUUCAGUAAUGGAGCGCUGUGUCAGUGUGGUGGAGUGCAGGAGGCUCACGACUCUGUGGCCACAGCAGACUUCUUUGGCUCAGCGAUUGUCACUCAGUGGGAGAGCAGACAUCACUCCUCAGAGAGCUCCACUGACGCCUUUGGAGAGGUGCAGUUCGCUGGUGCUGGACGCAGACACAGUCAUUUUCUGCGCCUGUCAUGUGACACGCCACCUCAAAUCAUCUACACCCUGAUGACGGCGCACUGGGGCCUGCCUUCUCCUAACCUGGUGGUGUCUGUGGUUGGAGGUGAAGGCCAUGGAAAGAUGAAAACAUGGGUGAGAGACAUUCUGAGGAAUGGACUGGUCCGGGCUGCACAGAGUACAGGAGCGUGGAUCUUAACCGGGGGUCUGAGGGAGGGCGUGACCCGCUGUGUGGGUGAGGCGGUGAGGGACCACGCCGCUGCAGCUCCUGCGCUCUCCCAAAAAAAGGUGAUAGCUGUGGGAGUGGCUCCCUGGGGCCUGGUGCACAACAGGCAGCAGCUCAUCAAUCCCAAGGGGAGUUUUCCCGCCCGCUACUACGUCCAGAACACGUCCCGUGACUCCUGCUGCCUGGACAACAACUGUCAGGCUUUCCUCCUGGUGGAUGACGGGAGUGUUGGCCGUCGCGGGGGAGAAGUGGCCUUCCGUGCCAGUCUGGAGGACUACAUUUCCCAUCAGAGAACCGGCAUUUGGGGCAGCGGCAGCAUUGAAAUCCCAGUGCUGUGCCUGCUCAUCUCAGGCGACGUCAACAUGCUGGAGAGAGUAAAUGCCUCUCUGAGGAAAGCCACGCCCUGGCUGGUUCUUGCUGGUUCUGGACCAGCUGCAGACUUCAUCAGUGAGCUGCUGGGCAAUCUCUGCCCUGUUCCCCUCAGUCCCACCUCUCUGCCAGCAGAUGGCGAUGCUGCUCAUGCUUUGGGCACAGAGCACCGCGAGAGGGUCCGUGAGAAGGUUUGGAAGCACUUCCCAGUUGAAGAUAAGCUGGAGAAAGUGGUGGACACUGCUCUGAGUAUUUAUCAGAGCAGAGACCUCAUCACCGUGUUCCAUGGGGAUCAGGAGGGUUUGGAUGAUUUUGACACAGUUCUCCUCAGAGCUCUGGUUAGAGCUAGUAAACGUACAUGCAGUGAAGCGAGUGAGUGCACUGAAGAGCUGAAACUGGCCGUGGCCUGGAAUCGAGUGGACAUCGCCAAAACUGAGCUCUUCAAUGGAGACAUACAGUGGAAGUAUGAGGACCUUGAAGACUCCAUGACAGAUGCACUGAUCAAUGACAAGCCGCAGUUUGUGCGUCUCUUCUGUGAGAACGGUCUGAAUAUCCUGGACUACCUGACGUACCAGCGCCUGGAGAGCUUGUACCGCUCCUUAUCGGACAGUUCCCUGGCCUACGUGCUGCUCCAGAGGCACCUGAGUGAGAGGCAGGGUCUGGCCGGGUCCCAGCACAGUCUGGACAGAUCUGUGACCAGUCCCCUCAAGAGUCCGCUGUGUGGACUAACUGGACCUGCCUCAGCAAUGGAACUCAGUCUGUAUGAGGUUUCCCGCCUGCUGUGGGAUCUGCUCGGUGAUGUCUGUCUGCCUUUCUACUACGGACCUCUCGGCCUGGACACCAGCACCACCACCAGGAGAACUCUGAAGCAAGUUAAUAAGAUGCUGUUGGGGGAGUGCAUGUACCGGAACCAGCGCUGCCUCUCACCUUGGGCCGCUCUCUUCAUCUGGGCUGUUCUGCAGAACCGCAGGGAAAUGGCUCUGUACUUCUGGGAGAUGGCAGGAGAACCUGUGCUCAGCGCUCUGGGCGCCUGUAAGAUGCUGAGAGAGCUUUCCAAGCUGGAGAGCGAGACUGAGAACAAGCUGGCCAUGAAGGAACUAGCACAGAUGUUUGAGAACCUGUCGCUCGACGUUUUCAGUGAGUGUUACCAGAACAGUGAGAGCCGCGCCUUCACUCUCCUUAUAAGGAAGUCUUUAGUGUGGGGCGGAGCAACGUCUCUGCAAAUGUCCACUGUGGCGGACGCUCGACUGUUCUUCGGCCAUGACGGCGUUCAGUCUCUGCUCUCUCAGAUCUGGUGGGGCGACAUGGAGAGAAACACUGAGGUCUGGAAACUGAUCCUCACCUUUUUCCUGCCCCCCGUCCUCUACACCAACCUCAUCAGCUUCAGGGAACAGGAAGAGGAGGGCGGGUCUGAGGAGAUCCACCAUGGCAGAGACACUGACAGUCUGGAUGGGAAUGAUUGCACUGUCUUCUCCCUCGCUGACAUUAUACAGAAUGAUGAAGAGGCAGAAGAGUUCAGGGAUCUAAAAGAAAAGCUGAAAGGUUCUUUGCCAACUAACACCAAGAGGCCGUUUUUUGUGUCUCGGUGGAGACAGUUCUGGUUCGCCCCCGUCACCUGUUUCCUCGGGAAUGUGCUCAUGUACUUCCUCUUCCUCUGCCUGUUUGCCUAUGUUCUGUUGGUGGACUUCAAGCCUUCGCCUCCUGACGGUCCAGCACCUCUGGAGUUCCUGCUUUACUUUUGGGUUUUCACCUUAGUGUGUGAAGAGAUUCGGCAGACCUUCUUUGUAGGCAGUACCUUCAUCCUCCAGAGGAUGAGGAACUACAUCCAGGAUGUGUGGAACAAAUGUGAUCUGACAGCCAUCACUCUCUUCAUUGUCGGCCUUUGCUGCAGAUUGACACCAUGGUCGUAUAAUUUUGGACGAGCGGUUAUGGCCAUAGAUUUUAUGGUCUUCACACUACGUCUGAUCCAUAUCUUUGCCAUCCACAAACAACUCGGGCCCAAGAUCAUCAUUGUUGGGAAAAUGAUGAAGGACGUUUUCUUCUUCCUGUUUUUCCUGGCUGUGUGGCUUAUGGCCUAUGGAGUGGCCAAUCAGGCCCUCCUCUACUCAUAUGAUCCCCGCCCCAACUGGAUAUUCCGCAGAGUAUUCUACAGGCCAUACCUGCACAUCUUUGGUCAAAUACCGAUAAACGAAAUGGAUGCUGACAAACUUGUCCAAGUAAACUGUACAAAUGACGCCACCAAAAUUGACGCAGGAGAAGAGCCCUGUAUGAGCACUUAUGCUAACUGGCUGGUUGUCAUCCUCCUUGUCAUCUACCUGCUGUUCACCAACAUUGUACUGGUCAACCUUCUCAUUGCUAUGUUCAGCUACACCUUCUCCAAAGUUCAAGAACGCAGUGACACCUACUGGAAGUUUCAGCGUUACAACCUGAUUGUGGAGUACCAUUCGAGGCCAUGUCUGGCACCGCCCUUCAUCAUCAUCUCACACCUUCAUCUUUUCAUCAAGAGACACAUCCGUCGCAUCUCUUCAGUCAAGAGCAAACACUUUGUUCUGGAGCUGCGGGGCAGAAAGGCCAGUCGCCUUAACACAUGGGAGGCGAUCCAGAAAGAAAACUAUCUCUCAGCUCAGAGCAAGCGGCAGAGAGAGACUGACACAGCUCGCCUAAAACGUACAUCUCUCAAGGUGGACAGUGUGCUGAAACAGAUGACAGAGAUCCGUGACCAGGACAGACGGCUCCGGCUGCUGGAGACAGAGCUGGAGUACUGCUGCAGCGCCCUCUCCUGGAUGACUGAAGCUAUGUCUCAGAGUAACCUGAUAAAGGCUGAUCAUCCUCCUCCCCUUCUUAGAGAUUUGACUCCAGUGUCACCAAGCUGAUUCUCUGAACUCCAGGAUUAGACACACUUGGAGCCAGUGUGACAAAAAUUUACCUGUUUCUUUACUGAAAACCAUUUGUUUUAAUUAGGGAAAACAUGUAUAUUUAUUUACACAAAUAUUGUUUUACGUAAAAAUUACAUUUUCUCACAGUAGUGUCAUCAUGUACUGUUAUCUGCUACAAUCCAUUUGAUCCAAUACAUGAUAUUACAUCCAAUUACAGCUGUAUUACAGUGGAUUACAAGAAACUUGUCUGCUAGCUGUACCUGCUAAGUAAGGGAUGGUUAACAAUAAUAAUAAUAAUAAUAAUAUGACCAGCAGGUGUGUAAAUACUGUAUAUAUUACAGUGACCAUGAGAGGUCAGGACGCUGUAAAUAUCACAACACAACACAUUAGGAAAACAUGAGCCGCAAACCCCGCAACACAACACAUUAAGAAAAACGUUGUGUUGGGAUAUUUGCAGCGCCCUGACCUCUCAAAGAUUCAAUGGCACAUGCUAUAUAUGUUUACUAAAAGUUUUGAUAGGUUUAUUUAUGUCACAUAACACGACCCCAACCAUGGAGGGGCCACAGCCAGUGUACUUCUAGUGCCGAGGAAGGACAUCUGGCAUACGAAGACAAAAAACCCCAAAUCUCUGCCAAAUCAAAUAUGCGGAUCAUGGGGAGAAGAAGGAAAAAGAAUAAUAAUUUUAAGGCUGUAUAUAGUAGGUAGAUUAAUUAAAAAAAUGAUACUAUACUGCUAUACAUGUAAUUAUAUCUCAAUUAUACAUGUAAUUAUAUCUCAAUUAUAGAUAUAAUUAUAUCUCAAUUUUAGCAUGCUGAUAUCUUGAAACAGGCAGAGACCAUUUGGCUAAUUCACAUUUGAUUUGAUUUGACUUUUCUAUGGCUUAACACUGAAAUUUGCCUUGCUGUCAAUAUAUUAUUCUAGGAAGACAAGUAAGUUUGGUAGCUUAGCUUCAGGUCAUAAAAAUAUUCUGACCUACUGAAAAUACCGCUGGAGGCAUAUUUUAAGUAGUAAAAUAAUGACAAAAUUGCAAAGUAAAUUCAAAAUUGUUGACUUUCCAUUGAGUUUACGUAAUGGUUUCAAGUGACUUAGGUUAUGAUGAACCUACCAAACAUCUAAUCCUGUAAUCCAGAAAAUACACACAUUUUCAUGAGGUCUGGCACAUUUUUUGGCAGGAAUUUCAUGACUUUUUAAGCAUUUCUAACCCUCAGCCCUGUGUGACAUGUGCUUCUGCAGAUUUAAACUUACUACACCCUGCUAAAUGUACAUGUGAUCUCAACCACCUGCAUGUGCUUCACCAGACAACUCCAUGCUGACCUGAAACUGGCUGUUAACAUGGUGCUCUUCUUCUGGCUGCACUUCAUGCCAGACUUUGCCCACCCGAUCAGCAGGGGUAGCCAACAGAACAGAGCACUACAACCCACACCACAGGUGCUAUGAGUGCUACCAGAUACCUAGCCCCAAAAUUCUGUUACCUGUGCAACAGCACAGCCAUUCAGGAACUUAACUCUGAACAGUUCAAUGCCAUCGACGCACUGCUGAGGAAGAGGGCGAGUUGGUGAGGAAGGUUAAUAAUAAUUAUUAAAAUUCUUUUUAAAAUUCUUUUUAUCAAUCAAUUACUGCCACUAACUGUUGAUCCCCAACGUAAUGGUGCCCCGUGUAAGGAUCUCAAAUAUAUCAAAACUGUACAUAUUAAAAGACAGUGUCCAGCAUGAUAAACCAUUUUUAUUUGAAUGAACACUACACUACACUACAACGUAACGUAGAUUACCAACGUUAAUGAAAACUCACCUCAUAAGAAGAUCCAUUUGUUGUUCAUAAGCUCUGGAGAAAGUUUGCGAAAAUAAAGUCUGCUCGCUUAAAUGCUAACGCAUUAGCAAUAACGUCUGCUAGAUUAAAUGCUUACGUGUUAGCGAUAAAGUCCGCAAGCAUAGCAGAAGUUUUGCGCUGCAACUGCCACAAUUUAGUUCUUCUGCAAUGUGUUUUUCCUUGUCCAUCUUCAUUCAACGGUGAACACAGACAGCUUCUCGAAGCAGCAGUAACAGUGAGGAGCCUGCAGCUGCAUAUUAAGUAGCCAUGUGUUUCCUCCGUGACAUUGGCCAAAAAAAACAACAAGGCCCUGGAAUGUGAUAUUGCCAUCCACGGCGAUGAAACAACCCUAAUUCAAAUACAAAGUUUAUGGUUUUAAGACUCACAAUAUUGUGAUUUGAAGCUUGAGAGAGUCAGUGCUCGGAUUCAUACUGUUCAAUUGGGAUAUCUUUUGAUAUUAUAGUCAAUUACAGUGAUAAUUUAAUUUAGACUGAUUUUAAAGGCAUAGAUUGAUUUUCUUUUCCCUUUUCAGGGUGGUACCCGGCUUUAUGUAGAUCAGAAAGACAAUGGCAUUACAUUUAAGAACUAGAAAAUUCCGCUGCAAAAUUUCAAUCGUGCCUGCUUCUUGCUGCCGAUGUCGUCGGGUGCAGGACUUGUGCUGGUAAAGGAGUAACAUUUGGGUGGAUUGAACCUAACUUGGAAGUAUUUAGACAAAGUGGUAUUUUGGUGGAAUCAACCCUUAAAACGGACUCAUAAGCCCCUCCCACUCUCUGAUUCCCCCUCACCCUUCCAAACAUCUGUUUCUAACACCUGCAACAUAAAUGCUGAAAACGGGGCUGUGUUUUGUUCAUUUCUUCUGCCAUUCCCAAUCAAAUCACACAUUUUGAUAUAGUAUAUGUGUGGGGGUACAAUAACAAUAGAUGCUUGCUCUGCAAUGCCAUCUAGUGAGAAUUGGGGUGGAGUGGCGCAGUGGUUAAGACCGGUACCCUGUGUGCAAAAGACACCAUGGUCGCAAGUUUGACUCCGCCUGAUUGUACUCAGUUUCAUUGUGAGUUGCUUUGGAUAAAAGUAUCUGCUAAAUGACAUGUAAUGUAACUCCCACAACCCAUCAGGAACUCAGAUUGACUACAGACAUUUAAAUCACUACUCAAAACCCACCUGUUCAAAACUUCUUACACCUAACUGUCUAUUUACCAUUGUUUAAUUUCAGUCCUGUACUUUGUUUUGUUUUGUGUUUGUACAGCGUCUUUGAGUGUCCAGAAAAGCGCUAUAUAAAUAUGAUGUAUUAUUAUUAUUAUUAUUAUUAUAUUAUUAUUAUUAUAAUGUCCGAAAAUCCAAUACACAAUCCUUUACAGUCGAUCACUCCUCACUCCAGCUCCUGGCAGGGGGUGGUUAUGUCAUAGGAGCUUAAAUACAGAGGAAAAUUCACAACAGGUGUGGUUGUAUUUUGGUGGGAAAGAACUUGACAGGAAAUUAUGAUUUAGCACAGGAAUGAAUACUGGUUUCAAAAUAAAACAGUCUGGUGAAAAUGAAAA